AUGACCCAGCCUACUAGUCCUAGCAAGCAGGACGCAAGCCGAUCCACGGUCCUCACCCCCCUGACCCCGACACAACUCGACACGGGCGCAUCCAAAUGCCUCGCCCUCCAAGCUUCCGCCCAAGACAUCCAUCAAAAGCGCCCAUUCGUGGCAAUCCUCCUCGCGCCAGACAAUGAGACACAGCUCAUGUCAUCUCUCUCCCUAUCGCAUGUGCGCCACGCCGAAUGUGAAUUGGCGCGCAACGCAGCCGAUAACUACUCCUGGGACUACCUCGCCGGAUGCACCAUGAUAUCAACCUGGGAGCCGUGUGCCAUGUGUGCGGGAACGAUCUACUGGGCGCAUAUCGGACGAUUGGUAUACCUCGCGUCGGAGAAGACUCUGCAAACGUUGACAGGCCAAGGGAAUACGGAAAACCUCACGCUAGACCUCCCUUGCCGGGAGAUCUUCGUUGCUGGUCAAUUUAAGGUGGAGGUGGUUGGGCCUUUGGCUGAGUGGCAGGAGAAGGUGGCUGGAGAUAGUAGGCGGUACUGGUCGAAGCAUGGCUAG